AUGAAAGACGCAUUGGCUCUCGAGGACAGAAGUCUGGAGUUGCAAGGAGCAGAUCGAGUUCACUGCUUGUUCUCAGGUACUCGAAUUGUUCGUGCAUCUGAGGGGAGCAACAAAGAUGCUGAGCAGACCUCAGGUGCUGGCCUUGCAGCGUCACAGGUACCUGCAACCCCAAAUGGAGGCUGCUUGGUCUUUGUGGCUCGAACAGGAUUUGCCUCCUCGCAGGGGCAGCUCCUACAGAUGAUAGAGUUCUCCCAAGACAAGGUGUCUGGAGACACUAAGGAGGUAAUCAUUGCCCUGCUGAUACUUCUGGGCUUUGCUCUUGUGGCUGCAGGUUACGUCUUGAAGGUCGGCUUGGAAAAGGGCGACAAGACUCCGCACGAGCUAUUGAUCAAGUGUGUCCUGAUCCUCACUGCUGUGGUGCCCAAGCAGCUGCCCAUACAGACAGCAAUGGCAGUCAACACGGCGCUUAUGGCACUAUCCCGAGCAGGGGUGUAUUGCACGGAGCCGUAUCGGGUUCCACUUGCUGGCAAGUUAACGCACUGCCUUUUCGACAAGACUGGCACCCUCACCACGGACACCCUUGUGCCGGUAGGUGUUGUGAACGCUGGCAGCCAGCCAGAGCAGGACCAUCCACCGAAGGUGAAGGUCUCUGAUGCUGAAGCAGCAGCAGCUCUGGUUCUGGCUGCUUGCCAUUCUUUGGUCCAGGUUGAUGGCAAGCUCACCGGAGAUCCUAUCGAGGUUGCUGCUUUGCAGGGCGUUGGUUGGUCUUAUGACUCUCAGGAGGAAGUGGCUACUCCAGCUCCAACUACUGAUCUACCUGAUGGCAGCACUGGCAGCGCAAGCAGCCGCGCUGGGAUCAAGCGCGCCCGCAUUCUGCAGCGUUUUCAUUUCGCUUCGCAGCUGCAACGGAUGGCAGUGAUUGCAGAGGUGGCUGUCAGCGAUAAUGCCAUUCUCAACCUCAACAUGGAAGGUCAAGCUGGCAAUUACGUUCUGGUCAAAGGAUCGCCGGAGGCCUUGAAGCCCUUGUUGGCUGCAAAUGCUGCACCGCGGUGGUACGACAGAUCUCAUCUGGAUUUAGCAGAGCGUGGGCUUCGAGUCCUUGCACUUGCGUAUCGGCAUCUCCCUGCAGGGCAGGAGAAGCUGACAAGGGAAGAGGCGGAGAGGGAGCUGCUCUUUGCGGGCUUCAUUGCCUUCGAGUGCCUUGUCCGAAAGGACUCAGGGCUGGUGGUUGGAGCUCUGCAGGAGUCGGACCACAAGGUGAUCAUGGUCACGGGCGACUCACCUCUGACAGCGCUUCAUAUAGCUCGCACAUGCGGAAUCUCGCACCCACAUUUGCCUGGUUUGCUUCUUUCGCUAAAGGCUGGUCAGGUGUUGCCUGAAUGGGUUGUGGCUACAGGUGAUCGCUGCGGUGACUGCUUCCCUGUCACUGUAGACGGGAUGGACAAGCUUGCGAGCGAGUAUGCCCUCAUGACAACAGGAGAAGCAUUGGAUGCAGCUGUGGCCGCAGAGCCUGGGAUCUGGGCGAAAGUUGACGAGAUCCGUGUAUUCGCCAGGAUGACUCCGCAGGGAAAGGCCAAAGUCAUUGAAGAGCUUCAGAAGCAAUCAAGGCAUGUCCUCAUGUGUGGAGAUGGUGGAAAUGAUGUCGGGGCUUUGAAGCAGGCAGAUGCGGGUUUAGCAUUGCUGGCGGGCUAUGGGAAUGUCAACACAGCGGACAACAACGACAUCGACAGUCCAUCUGAGAAAGUAGACAAUGUUCCGUUGGAAAAGCAGGCCGAAGAGGCAUUGAACAAGCAAGAUGCGGAGCUCGCAAAGCGGAACAGACGAGCUGCAAAGGACAGACAGAAGUUCCUGUGGGAGAAGCAAAAAGAACUGGCUGAACUUCAGAAGCAGUGGCUCGAGGAGGAGAUGCAGGCACGGGCAAAGAAUGGCGAGACUGGUGUUUUCUCGCAGGUGGGAGCGAUGAAGACAUCGAUGGGCCGCUACACGGAAGAGCUCAAGAGGGUAAUGAAGGAGUACGACAAAACUCACGGAAACGUGUAUGAUGCAACGGACAAGGAGGAAGCGGCAAAGAAAAACCCCGCUGCUGCACUGGAGGAGGCUUCCGGUGGACUUCCCAUGGUCAGGCCUGGAGAUGCUUCAAUUGCAGCACCUUUCACCUCAAAGGCUCCUUCUGUCAAGAACUGUGUGGACUUGAUUCGGCAAGGAAGAUGCACCCUGCUGUCGGCGCUGCAGCAGCAACAGAUUAUGAUGUUGAACUGCAUCAUAAAUGCCUACGUGCUAUCCGCGUUGUCGUUAGAAGGCUCACGAACUUCCGAGAGGCAGUUGAUGGCAUCCUCUUGGCUGCUGACAACGGCAUCCCUGGCGUUCACGUAUGCUUCGCCAUGUGACCGCAUGCAUCCUGUGCGUCCUCUGCGAUCUCUUUUUCAUCCAGCCGUCUUCUGCUCAAUGCUUGGACAGGCUGUCAUACACCUCUUCUGCAUGGUUGCGGCUGUGAAGAUGGCACGGGCAGCAAUGGAAGAAGAUUCUCCGGAAAGACAACAAGGUUGGUCUGGGCCUUCAUUGAAGGAUGUUUCAGAUUUCUGGAAGCGGGAGAGAGCCAGACGGCGUGGCUUGAUUGAGCAGGAGGAGGAAGAGGACUGGACAACAUAUGCGUUGAAUAUGUGGCAGCAACCGUUUUUGCCCAACUUGAUGAAUACCGUCGUAUUUUUGGUUGAGACGGCGCAGACUGUUGCGAUCCUGUUUGUCAACUACAAGGGUCAGCCAUGGAUGAAGGGAGUAGUAGAGAAUCGUGCUCUGUUUCUAUCCGUGGUGGUCGUGGCUGGAAGCGUUGCCGCAGCGGCGUGGGAGUUCCAGCCGCAGCUCAACGCCUUGAUCCACCUGUCGCCCUUCCCAAACGACCAGUUUCGCUGGCGGGUGAUGGGUCUAGUUGGCAUGACACUUGUGGGCACCUUCAUCUGGGACAGAUUCUGUGUCUUCCUUUUCGCGAAAGACAUCUUCAAGGCCAUGGUAGACUCGGCCAAGAAGACAACUUUCAGAGCUGACAUAGUGCCGAUCUUUGUCACGGUCCUGAAGGUUGCGGGCGUCUUCCUUGUCCUCGGUACGGGCAACUUGCUAAUGGCAGGUUUGGCUUUCUGGAUGUACCGGAGACACUCGCAGGAGUCUGAUGAGUGA